CCAUCAUGCCCGCAGAACGCGCAGGAUACACCGUCACAAUGUUCCUCAUCGACGUUUCCCCGUCGAUGGCUGCAACAAGAACAGUCGAAUUACCCCCUACGCCCAGUGGGGAGGAGCGCACCACGGAAAUGACCAACCUUGAAUGGGCAUUGCAAUUCGUAAAGCUCAAGAUUCAAGAAAUGAUUUUUAAUGGCCGUAAAACGGACCAAUGCGGCGUCAUCCUAUUUGGCUCUGAAGAGACGGACAAUCUCGUCCACGAAAAGAACGGCGGAUACAACCAUGUCACAGAAUUUAUUCCCAUUGCACAGCCCAACGCAUCCACACUCGCAAAGCUCGACGCUCUCCAGCCUUCCGAGACCUCAGGAGAUCCUAUCGAUGCCCUCAUCGUCGGCAUUGAGACACAAAACACCUACCUCGAGAAGAAACGUACAUGGACACGUAAAAUCGUCAUCAUAACAGAUGGCCAGAGUCCCAUGGAAAUCGAGGACUGGGAGGCCACUGUCAAGAAAAUGAAUGCUCUUAACAUAGCUCUCACUGUCAUCGGUAUCGACUUUGAUGACGACGAAUUCCCAUUCCACGAGGAGAACAAGUCUUCUAUCAAGGUCGAAAACGAAGCAUUCUACCACAAGCUCACUGCAUCUCUCGACAACGGCCUGGUUGGAACAUGUGUCUUUGCUCUCCAAGAAAUCGCCAGACCAGACAUUAAACAAGCCAAAUCCGCACUCCUAGGCACCGUUCUCCGCCUCGGCGACGUCGACGUCCGGCCCGAAGAAGCUAUUGAAAUCCCCGUAAAAGCUAGCAAAUGCACGGCCCUCGCGCGCCCCAAGAGCUGGAAGAAAUUCAGUCAACGCGAGAAAACUGAUGACCAAAUGGAAGUCGAUGAGGAAGAAGACAAGGUGGUGUUUGCGCAGCUGAAGACGCGUACCGAGUACUAUAUCGAUCACUCAACCCAGGAGGGAGAAGAACAGGAUACGGGUAGUGACGACGAGGAAGACAAGGACAAGAACCUCGAGAAGGUGGAGAAGGAACAGCUCAUAAGGGGCUUCAAAUACGGCUCGACGUAUGCCCCGUGCCCUGAUGGGCAGUUCCCGCGGUUGAACACGAGGAAGGGCAUCGACAUCUGCGGGUUUUUCCCUGCAAAGAACUUCCGCCGGGAGCUGGCGAUGGGGGAAGUCCAAUAUAUCUGGGCAGACCCCGGUUCGCCACAGCAGCAGGUCGCACUCUCGUCCAUCGUACAAGCCAUGUACGAGAAAGGCGUCCUCGCCAUCGCGCGCUGGGUCUCCAAGGACGGCAUGGACCCAAAGAUGGGCGUUUUGUCGCCAAGCAUUUUUACAAACAUUGACUGUCUAUUGUGGGUGCAGAUGCCCUUCGCGGACGACGUCCGCAAAUACACCUUCUCAUCACUCGAGAACCUCGUCUCAAAAAGCGGCGAAAAGGUCACAAAGCACCCCUACAUCCCCACAGAAGAGCAGCUCGAAGCCAUGGACAAAUUCGUCGAUGCCAUGGACCUCUCAGGGCUGUGCGGGGAAGACGAACAAGGGGAACCGAUCUCGUGGUACGACACCCGCCUAUCGUACAACCCUGCUAUCCAUCGCACGAAACAGGCGCUUUUCCAUAGCGCCGUCGUGAACGACAUUGCUAGUAACCCACUUCCUCCACCCCACCCAGAACUCCUCAAAUACAUCAACCCUCCUCGGCAAGUCCUCAAAGAUAGUAGAGACGCCGUCGCAGAAUGCAAGGCAGCGUUCAAAGUCAAAGAAGUGCCCAAGAAAACCGUGAAAGUCCGCAAAGACAACCACGUCCGCGCAAGGGACGAAGACGAAGACAUGCUCCUCCUCGACCAAAAACCAGCCGCGCCCCGCAAAGGCAAAGGCAAAGAACCUGCCGCUUCCCAAGUACCCGUCUCCCCAAAACUCGCACACGCAGCCAAGAAACCCGCCGAUUCAGACUCUGAGACGGAAGAAGAAUCAGACCAGGAGCCUCUCCUGCUAGAAAAGGACAAACGGCCAUUUAACGCACUGCCCACCCCAGAACGCUCGAUGUCGCCUGCGGUGGACCCUGGUCGUGCGCCGGGCCGUAUCAUCGGCUCGACGUACCCACUGCGCGACUUCAAGACGAACCUUGCACAAGGGGAUGUGGUGACGAAGGCUGUGGAAGAUAUGGGCGCUGUCAUCAAGGAGGUGGUGUUGAGGCCGUUUGCGUCGAGGCGGCAUAAGGAGAUGAUUGAUUGUAUGGUUGCUAUGCGUGAUACGUGUUUGAAGGAGGAUGAGGUCGAUGCUUGGAAUGCGUUCCUGAGGGACCUGAAGGAAUCGUGUCUCGAGGAAGCCGGAAACUCCGAGUUCUGGCAGGAAGUACAAAAACUUGGGCGCAGCAUCAGUCUCAUCAGUCAACCCGAGGCAAAGAAACUGGGAGGUCACUCUGAAUUUUCCGAGUCUGCAUCUGAAGCGUUUAUUGUACAAUGAUUGUGUGAAGUUUCUUUUUGUGAUAUAGCUGUGCUACCCAUUUGCUUUGCGUACGAU